UCGAUCAACAAUCAACAAUCUUCCCCCUAACACAUUCACUCACUCACUCUCUCACACUCUCUUGCAACAAAAAGCGCUUCCUCUCACAACAAAUUGUAUUGCAUUUUCUUUGGAAAUUGUUGGAAAAUAAUCAAAAUCAACAACAACAACAACAACACCAGUUAUUGAGCAACAUAAAUAAGAGAGGAAAAAUCAAAAAAUAAAAGGCUUUGGGUUUUUUCAAAAGUAUUUUAUGAAUUUUUUUGGGCACGUAAAAAGUAAUUGCAACAAUACACCAACCAAAAACAACAACAAAUCAGGUGUCAAAUGUGAUGUGUGACUAAAACUUAAUCAAACUAACUUACUAACAAACAAACGAGAAAACAAACAAAAAACAAAACUGAAGAAACUAAAGUGUAAAAAGUGGGAAAACAAUUUGCGGCAUUUAAAUGCCAGGCCUUAGCCACAGAUUUAUUGGCAUUACCAACACCAAAAACAACAACUGCAACACUUGCAACAACAACAACAACAAUUGACAGUCGAAUCUUUGGAGGAAAGCCCACGAAUGCAGCCAACAUUGCCACAAGCCGCUGGGACAGCCGAUAUGGAUCUGACGGCUGUUCAAUCAAUCAACGAUUGGUUUUUCAAAAAGGAGCAAAUUUAUUUAUUGGCACAAUUUUGGCAACAGCGCGCUACCCUUGCCGAGAAGGAAGUGAACACACUCAAGGAGCAACUGUCCACCAGCAACACGGAUCCCGCCAGCGGCAGCAUCCACAGCGACAGCGACAACAGCCACAACCACAACACAGGAGCGUCAGUGGCAGGAGCAGGAGCAGGAGCAGCAGAAGGGGAAUCAGGCGUACAGGAGAUCGAGGAUUCAGAUCUGGAAUUGGCCAGCGGAGGCGCUGGAUCUGGAUCUGGCCAUCAGCUGAACAGCUCCAUUGUUGCAGCGGCCAUCACGCUGCAGCAGAACGGCGGCAAUCUGCUGGCCAACACCAACACGCCGUCGCCCUCGCCGCCGUUGCUCAGCGCCGAGCAGCAGCAACAGUUGCAGAGCAGCCUGCAGCAGAACGGUGGUGGUGUCGGCGGCGCCUGCCUCAAUCCGAAGCUCUUCUUCAAUCACGCCCAACAAAUGAUGAUGGAGGCGGCGGCAGCUGCCGCAGCAGCAGCAGCGGCGGCGGCUGUCCAACAGCAACAUCAGCAUUCGCCUCUGCAUUCCCCAGCAGCGGAGGCAGCAGCCGCAGCGUCGGCUGUGGGACCCACAGAUCAUCAAACGGUGGCCACCGAGGCCACUGCCACCACCACCACCCACACAGCGACCAACACCACCAGCAGCAGCAACACCACCAACAGUAGCAGCGGCAGCGGCAGGAGGAGCCGUGGCAGUCACCUCCACAACGAGGAUGAGGAGCAGGACGAGGACGAUGAAGAGGAUGAUGAGGAGGAGAACGCCUCCAUGCAGUCGAAUGCAGCGCAUUUGGACGAUGAUGACGAUGACAUGGAGCUGGAGCCCCAUCAGUCCCUGGAGGCCAUCGAAUCUGCGGCAAGAACUGAACCACACCAACACCAACAGCAGCAGCAGCAGCAUCAGCAGCGGCAGAGGCAUGCGGCGACUGGCGAUCCGGAGGAGGUGUCUGCUGUGGCCGCUGCUGGCGAUUCGGAGACUGUGGCAGAUGAUGAGGAAGCUAGUUUAAAUGUUAGCAAUAAUCACAAUACCGAUAGCAAUAAUAGUUGUAGUCGAAAGAACAGCAACAGCAACAGCGUCGGCCCGGGUGUGGCAAUGCGUGAUAGCAAUGAUGAUGAUGAUGAUGAUGAUGAUGAUGAUGUGGAUGAUCCGCAUGUGGCAGCAUCGGUUCAUAGUGCCGAGGAUGAUGACUGUACCAACAACAAUACCAGCAACAACAACAACAACAGCGAGAAGCAGCGCAGGAAGCGCAACAACAACACAAACAGCAACAGCAACAGCAACAAUCAGCACGCUGUGCAAAUUGCUGCCAAAGACAAAGAGAUUAAAGCACUUCUCGAUGAGCUGCAGCGCCUGCGUGCCCUGGAACAGACGCAUCUGGUGCAGAUCCAGCGCUUGGAGGAGCAUCUGGAGGUGAAGCGGCAGCACAUUAUGCGCCUUGAGGCACGCCUCGACAAGCAGCAGAUCAAUGAGGCACUGGCCGAGGCCACGGCCUUGGCUGCCGCCGUCAAUGCGGCUGCCACCAACAACAACAACAACAGCCAGAGCAGCGACAACAACAAGCUGAACGCCACCUCCCCACUAGAGGCAGCAGCUGGAGCAGCAGCAGGCAACGACCUGAAUUCCACCCAGGCCUCAGUCCAGGCUGAGGACGAUGACGAGGAGGAGGAGGAGGAUGACCACCACCAGGCCAUGCACGUGGACAAUGACGAGGGAGAGGAGGCCGCCGCCACCAGCACCCACCAGCAGCAGGUCGACGAGGAGGACGAUGAUGAGGAGGAUGACGAGACCGAGGAUCAGGAGCAUCAUCAAGCGGCCAUGUCAAACCAAGCCACAGCCAAUGCCGACAGCAGCGAGCUGAAAAUCAAAAAGGAACAGCACAGUCCUUUGGAUCUGAAUGUUCUGAGUCCCCAGUCGGCCAUUGCGGCCGCGGCCGCUGCCGCAGCUGCCGCCGCCUGUGCCAACGAUCCCAACAAAUUCCAGGCUCUGCUCAUGGAGCGGACCAAGGCCCUGGCCGCCGAAGCCAUCAAGAAUGGUGCAGCCGGCGGCAGUGACUCUGCCAAUGCGAUCAGCGAAGAUGCCGGAUCCCAUCCGCACCACCACCACCAGCAGCAGCAGCAGCAGCAACAGUCGCUGCACCAGCAUCAGCAGCACCACCAGCAGCAGCAGCACCACCUCCAGCAACAGUCGCAGCAGCACAACAGCAGCAGCAACAGCAGCAGCUGCAAUUCGGGUCCUGGCAGCACCACCGAUGGCGCCCUCAACCACCAUCACGCGCACGGACAUGGCCACCACUUGGUGGGCCACAAUCCGCACGGCCUGCCCCACGGGCAUCCGCAUGGACAGCUGCUGCAUCCGGCAGCGGCCCACCACCUGCACCACGCCGACUCCAACUCCUCCAGCGCCAACAGCACACCCAGCAGCACCGCCCAGCUAGCGGCCAGCCUGGCCAGCACCCUCAAUGGCAGCAAGUCCCUGCUGCAGGCAGCCGCUGCCGCCAAUGCCGCUGCCGUGGCAGCCGGCGCCGUCGCUGAGGACAACAACAACGGUCUGACGCCCAAUGCCAAUGCCAAUGCAGCGGCAGCAGCAGCGGCCAUGGCCGCUCACGCCCAGCAUGCGGCGGCCCUGGGACCGGGCUUCCUGCCCAGCCUGCCGGCCUUCCAGUUUGCCGCCGCGGCGGCCGCCAAUCAGGAUGCGCGCGGCCACUAUCGGUUCGCGGACGCGGAGAUGCAACUGCCGCCGGGUGCCUCGAUGGCCGGCCGCUUGGGCGAGUCGCUGAUACCCAAGGGCGAUCCCAUGGAGGCCAAGCUGCAGGAGAUGCUGCGCUACAACAUGGACAAGUACGCCAACCAGGCCCUGGACACGCUGCACAUCUCGCGCCGUGUGCGGGAGCUGCUCUCCGUGCACAACAUCGGACAGCGGCUGUUUGCCAAAUACAUACUCGGCCUGUCGCAGGGCACCGUCUCGGAGCUGCUCAGCAAACCGAAGCCCUGGGACAAGCUGACGGAGAAGGGACGCGACAGCUACCGCAAGAUGCAUGCCUGGGCCUGUGACGAUAACGCCGUCAUGCUGCUCAAGUCGCUGAUACCCAAGAAAGAUUCGGGACUGCCACAGUAUGCGGGACGUGGCUCGAGCGGCGGCGGCGGUGGCGAUGAUUCCAUGUCGGAGGAUCGCAUUGCACACAUCCUGAGCGAGGCCUCGUCGCUGAUGAAGAGCACAGCCGCCCAGCAGCAGCGGGAGCAGCAGGAUCAGCACAGCAACGAGGACAGCAAGUCGCCGCCACAGAGCUGCACAUCGCCGUUCUUCAAGGUGGAGCAGCAGCUGAAGCAGCAGCACCAGCAGCAUCGCGACCAGCAGCACAUGGCCUCCGAGCAGCGGGACGCUGUGGUGGCCGCCGCCCAGCAGCAGCACCAGCAGCAUCAGCAGCAGCGGGAGCAGCGCGAACGGGAGCGCGAGCAGCAGCAGCGACUCCGCCACGAAGAUCUGGCCCAGGACAAGAUGGCACGACUCUACCAGGAGCUGAUAGCCCGCACACCACGCGAGGCAGCCUUCCCCAGCUUUCUGUUGUCGCCAUUCUUUGGUGGUGCCGCCGGCAUGCCCGGCGCGGCCAAUGCAUUCCCAGUUCCCGACGAGAACAUGCGCCACGCCUUCGAGCGGGAGAUCGCCAAGCUGCAGCAGCAGCACCAGCAGCAGCAGCAGCAGGCGGCUCAGGCGCAGGCCCAGGCCCAAGUCCAGGCAGUGUCCGGCUUCCCCAACUUCUCCAGCCUGAUGGCGCUGCAGCAGCAGGUGCUCAAUGGCGCCCAGGAUCUCUCGCUGGCCGCCGUCAAGGACAUCAAGCUGAACGGACAGCGCGGCUCGCUGGAGCACAGCAGCAGCAGCUCCAAGGACGGUGACCGCGACGAUCCGCGCGACUAUCCACAGUCGCUGCAUGGCCGCAAGUCCGACACACCGGCCCCACCCGCGCCCCCAGCUCCGCCCGCGGGCAGUGGCGGCAGUGUGCCCGGUUCGGCCAACAGCCUCUCGAGCGUCCGCGAUGGCGGCGUGGGCGCCGGCGCCGGCUCCGUUGGUGCCGGCAGUCAUGCCAGCAACUCGGCCGCACCCAGUCCGCUGAGCAACUCCAUCCUGCCGCCGGCACUGAGCAACCAGGGCGAGGAGUUUGCGGCCACCGCCAGCCCACUGCAGCGCAUGGCAUCCAUCACCAACUCGCUGAUCACACAGCCGCCGGUUACGCCGCACCACAGCACACCGCAGCGGCCCACCAAGGCCGUCCUGCCGCCCAUCACGCAGCAGCAGUUCGACAUGUUCAACAAUCUCAACACGGAGGACAUUGUGCGCCGCGUGAAGGAGGCUCUCUCCCAGUACAGCAUCUCGCAGCGGCUGUUCGGCGAGUCGGUGCUGGGACUGUCGCAGGGCUCCGUGUCCGAUCUGCUGGCACGGCCCAAGCCCUGGCACAUGCUCACCCAAAAGGGACGCGAGCCCUUCAUACGCAUGAAGAUGUUCCUCGAGGACGAGAACGCGGUGCACAAGCUGGUGGCCAGCCAGUACAAGAUUGCGCCCGAGAAGCUCAUGCGCACCGGCAGCUACUCCGGCAGCCCCCAGAUGCCGCAGGGCCUGGCCAGCAAGAUGCAGGCCGCCGCCCUGCCCAUGCAGAAGAUGAUGAACGAGCUGAAGCUGCAGGAGCCGGCACAGGCGCAGCACAUAAUGCAGCAGAUGCAGGCGGUGGCCAUGUCCGCGGCCAUGCAGCAGCAGCAGCAGCAGGCGGCAGCCGCCGCCGCAGCCGUGGCCGCACAGCAGCAGAGCCAGCACCAGCAUCCCCAUCAGCAUCCACAUCCGCAUCCGCACACACACCAGCAGCAUCAGCAGCACCAGCAGGCAGCCGCAGCCGCCCAGGCAGCCGCCGCGCUCCACCAUCAGAAUAUGCUGCUCACAUCGCCGGGUCUGCCGCCCCAGCAUGCCAUCAGUCUGCCGGCCUCGGGCGGCGGUGCUGUCUCCUCUGUGGGCUCGCAACCUGCCGGCCAGGGCAGCGCCGGCGGACCCUCGGGGCCACCGUCGAGUGGCGAGAAGAAGCCCAUGCUGAUGCCAGUACAUGGCGGGGCACAUGCGCCCAAUGCGAUGCGCAGCCUGCACCAGCACAUGUCGCCCACCGUGUACGAGAUGGCGGCACUCACGCAGGACCUGGACACGCACGACAUCACCACGAAGAUCAAGGAGGCGCUGCUGGCGAACAACAUUGGCCAGAAGAUCUUUGGGGAGGCGGUGCUGGGCCUGUCGCAGGGCUCCGUGUCGGAGCUGCUGAGCAAACCGAAGCCCUGGCACAUGCUCUCGAUCAAGGGGCGGGAGCCGUUCAUCCGCAUGCAGCUGUGGCUGAGCGACGCCAACAAUGUGGAGCGGCUGCAGCUGCUCAAGAACGAGCGGCGGGAGGCGAGCAAGCGGCGUCGCAGCACCGGACCCAACCAGCAGGACAACAGCAGCGACACCUCCAGCAAUGACACCAACGACUUCUACACCAGCAGCCCCGGACCCGGCUCCGUGGGCUCCGUGGGCGGUGCGCCGCCCAGCAAGAAGCAGCGCGUCCUCUUCUCCGAGGAGCAGAAGGAGGCACUUCGGCUGGCAUUCGCCCUCGAUCCGUAUCCCAAUGUGGGCACCAUCGAGUUCCUGGCCAACGAGCUCAGCCUGGCCACGCGCACCAUCACCAACUGGUUCCACAAUCAUCGCAUGCGGCUCAAGCAGCAGGUGCCGCACGGCCAGCCCGGCCAGGACAAUCCCAUACCGAGUCGCGAGAACACCAAUGCGACGCCCUUCGAUCCCGUCCAGUUCCGCAUCCUGCUGCAGCAGCGACUCGUCGAGCUGCACAAGGAGCGCAUGGGAUUGGGCGGUGCGCCCAUACCCUACCCGCCGUACUUCGCGGCGGCCGCUCUGCUCGGCCGCAGCCUGGCGGGCAUACCGGGCGCGGCGGCUGCCGCUGGCGCUGCUGCUGCCGCGGCGGCUGUGGGUGCGGCCGGCGUCGGUGUGGGGGACGAGCUGCAGCUGCAGGCCCUCAAUCAGGCGUUCAAGGAGCAGAUGAGCGGCCUGGAUCUGUCCAUGCCGACGCUGAAGCGCGAGCGCAGCGAUGACUAUCAGGACGACCUAGAAAUGGACGCAAGUGGCCACAACAUGAGCGACAACGAGUCGCUCGAGGGCCAGGAGGCGGAGGACAAGGCCGUCUCCGAGUACGAGAAGGUCCUGCAAAAGUCCGCCCUCGCCUCGGCGGCUGCCGCCUACAUGAGCAACGCCGUGCGCAGCUCCCGCCGCAAGCCGGCGGCCCCCCAGUGGGUGAAUCCCGCUGGCACCACCACACCCAAUGCGGGACUGGCAGCCGCAGCCGUGGCAGCGGCCGCAGCGGCAGCCGCUGUGGCGGCCCAGGCCGGCGCAGGCAGCGACAGUGAGCGCAUUAUCAACGGUGUCUGUGUGAUGCAGCAGGGCUCCUCCGACUAUGGUCGGGACGAUGCUGAUGGCAAAUCCGUGGAGGCGGGCGGCAAUGAUUCGGAGCAUGAGCACGCCCAGCUGGAGAUUGACCAGCGGUUCAUGGAGCCCGAGGUGCGCAUCAAGCAGGAGGAGGACGACGACGAGGAGGAGGACCAGCAACAGCACCAGCAUCAUCAGCAGCUGGAUGCUGGCCUCGAUUGCGAGGCAAGCGAGGCGGAGAAGAAGCUGAAGGUGAUCAACGAGGAGAAGCUGCGUCUGGUGCGCGUCAGUCGCCUGAGCACCGGCCAGGGUGUCGUCGACUCUGAGGAAUCAUCAGCGACCUGUGUCGCCGCCGCAGUAGCCGGUGGCAGCGGGACAGUGGCAGGCGCCGCCCAGGCGGUAGCCAGUGCCGCGCCAGCCGCUGCGUGGAACUACUAGGACAGUGCAAUGAUCAACGAUGGAGCAGAUGGAGUUGGAAUUCGAGAUGGAGACGACCGUUUACUUGUGAUUAAGUUUGGAUGUUUAGACCUAGACGUAGACCUAGACCCAGGACUCGCCUCGAGCGGGCUAGAUAUAUAUAAAUAUCGGAUACAUAAAUAGCACCUAGAACGUAGAGAACUCUAUAUACAUAUACAUAUAUAUUUUUUUUUGUUUUUUUUUUAAAUCAUAUUUACGUACAAUAUAAAAUACGAUACGGAAUCAAUACCUAUGGGACUUAGGAUAGCAGGAUAGCCUUAGGUGUCUGGUUUUUGCCCGGAGUUGUAAUAAUUGUAGCUAAAAGUUUAGAGACGCUAUGCGAGGAGCGCAAAAGUAUUAAAAUCACCCAUGAAAUCCCAUAAAGCCCCUCCCCCUAACUACCCCAAAACAUAACAAACAAAUAAGAUAACAAAAUAUAGACAACAAAAAAAGAAGAAGGCCCCCACUGACUUGCCCAAGAACUUUAACCAAAAGCCAAGAUCCAAUGAUAGCGAAAGAGAUCUUGCAAAGAUUUUUUUUGAUUUGUUUCUACUUGAAGACUGUAAGCGAAGGCGGUAGGAUGGAUGGAUGGAUAACUGCGUACAUAAAUACAUGUGGAUAUAUCCAUAUAUCAUUUUGUGUUUGUCGAUCUAUUAUUACCACAAUUACGAUUAUGAUUAUACGAUUAUGAUAAUGAUAAUGAAUAUGAAUAAUGAUACGGCACUAGGGCUCUAUGCACAUUAUUCAAUGGUUGGAGUGUAAAUACGGACUAAAACGAACCCUGGAGAUGUCGCUCUGUACAUAGGACUCCUCGCGAGACAUGAUCUUUCUUUCGUUACUUCGUUCUUCCUUCGUACUCCAACAGAUCUUCCCCUCAGUCACCCGACUUGUUAAACUAUCUUUUGAUCUCAAGCAAAACACACACACAAAACGAAAGGAGAAACGAGUAAUGAGAAAUGAGAAAUGAGAAACGAGAAGCAAUUAAGAAACGAAAACCCAAAGUAAAAGAUAGUUGAAAGCAAGCAAAAUUGCAGCGAGGAAAAUGUUUUUGCCCUUUACCGUUUAUUUUUUACAAUUUUUUU